AUGGCGACUUUCAGCGACCAUGAGACCUCCGAGUUCCUCCCCAUGACCCGUCCCCGAUCAACCUCCUCCGCAUCUCAGACCUCCUCCGACUCGGGCCUAUCCUCCGAACCCGCCUUCCAAGAGGACCAGAAACAACCAUUCUCCGCACCGAACGGGACGACAGGCAUGGACAACGGCGACCGAUAUCGCGAUCUCGAGGACGGUGAGGCCGAAGCAAACGAGCCGUUCCUCGCCUCGUCCAAGAAAGCAGCUACCGGCGGUCGCGCGCGGCGGAUAUUCUGGCUCCUUGUCCUGCUCUGUUUUGGCGGCUGGCUGCUGGCGUUCGUGCUGUUUCUGACGGGCGGGAGGGCGAAUUACCAGAGUGCCUCCGACGCGUUGCAGGCGCAGGAGCCCGAGUCUGCGUCGGGUAGCACGAGCUCCGGGAAGCCGGUGACGCUGGAGCAGGUGCUCACGGGUCAAUGGUCGCCGCGAUACCAUGCGAUUACGUGGGUUGCCGGGCCGAAUGACGAGGAUGGCCUGCUGGUUGAGAAGGGUGGCGGUGAACAGGAGGGGUAUCUCCGGGUGGAUGAUAUUCAGAGUCGGAAGAACAAGGACGGGAAGGGAGGCCGGGUGCUGAUGCGCAAGCCAAUCGUUCAUGUGGAUGGGAAGCUGGUUGUUCCGGGCAAUGCCUGGCCUAGUCCGGACUUGAAGAAGGUGCUGUUGAUCUCAGACCAGGAGAAGAAUUGGAGACAUUCGUUUACAGGGAAGUACUGGGUGCUUGACGUGGAAUCGCAGACAGCCCAGCCGUUGGAUCCCAGCUUACCGGACGGCCGUGUGCAGCUUGCGCUGUGGUCUCCGAAGUCCGACGCAGUCAUCUUUGUGCGCGAGAACGAUGUCUAUCUGCGGAAACUGUCGUCGGACCGCGUUGUCACGGUCACCAAGGACGGCGGCGAGAAUCUCUUCUACGGUGUCCCGGAUUGGGUGUACGAAGAGGAGGUGAUCUCUGGGAGGAGCGUUACAUGGUGGUCCAACGAUGCCAAAUACGUCGCCUUCUUCCGUACGAAUGAAUCGGCUGUGUCUGAUUUCCCUGUGGAUUAUUUCCUUUCCCGGCCGUCUGGCAAGAAGCCCGAUCCGGGGCUGGAGAAUUACCCCGAGGUGAGACAGAUCAAGUAUCCGAAGGCUGGAGCAUCCAACCCGGUCGUCGAUCUGCAGUUCUACGAUGUUGAGAAGAACGAAGUCUUCUCUGUUGACGUGGCCGAUGACUUUGACAACGAUGACCGGAUCAUCAUCGAAGUCGUGUGGGCAUCCGAGGGCAAAGUCCUGGUACGAUCAACUAACCGCGAGAGCGACAUUCUCAAGGUUUUUCUGAUCGACACCAAGUCCAGAACGGGUAGAGUGGUCCGAACAGAAGAUGUUGCCAGCUUGGACGGCGGCUGGGUCGAACCGUCCCAAUCCACACGCUUUAUCCCGGCGGAUCCCAGCAACGGACGGCCAGAUGAUGGAUACAUCGAUACCGUGCCCUACAAGGGGUACGACCACCUAGCCUACUUCAGCCCGCUGGACAGCCCGAAAGGCGUAAUGCUCACGUCGGGAGACUGGGAAGUGGUAGAUGCCCCAGCUGCUGUGGACCUGCAACGCGGUCUGGUCUACUUCGUUGCCGCAAAGGAAGCACCUACCGAGCGCCACAUCUACCGCGUGCAACUGGAUGGGUCCAAUAUGACUGCCAUCACCGACACAUCCAAACCCGGCUACUUCGGCGUCUCCUUCUCGCACGGCGCUGGCUACGCGCUGCUCACCUACAACGGGCCCUCGGUGCCAUGGCAGGCCAUCAUCAACACACAUGGUGACGAAAUCACCUUCGAGGAGCGCAUUGAAGAAAACCCUCAGCUCACCUCCAUGAUCGAAGCAUACGCGCUACCAACAGAAAUCUACCAGAAUGUCACCGUCGACGGGUUCACACUGCAAGUCGUCGAGCGGCGCCCUCCACACUUCAACCCGGCCAAGAAAUACCCCGUCCUGUUUUACCUGUACGGCGGCCCCGGCUCGCAGACGGUCGACCGUAAAUUCUCCAUCGAUUUCCAGUCCUACGUCGCCUCCAGCCUGGGAUACAUCGUCGUCACCGUCGACGGCCGCGGUACGGGCCACAUCGGCCGCAAAGCCCGGUGCAUAGUCCGCGGGAACCUGGGCUUCUACGAGGCCCGCGACCAGAUCGCCACGGCCAAGAUAUGGGCUGCGAAAAGCUACGUCGAUGAGUCGCGCAUGGCCAUCUGGGGCUGGAGCUUUGGCGGGUUCAUGACCCUCAAAACCCUCGAGCUGGACGCGGGUGAAACCUUCCAGUACGGGAUGGCGGUGGCGCCGGUCACGGACUGGCGAUUCUACGACUCGAUCUACUCCGAACGCUACAUGCACACCCCGCAGCACAACCCCAGCGGCUACGCCAACUCCACCAUCACCGACAUGGCGGCGCUCACGCACCCGGUGCGCUUCCUCGUCAUGCACGGCACCGCCGACGACAACGUCCACCUGCAGAACACGCUCGUCCUCACCGACAAGCUCGACCUCUCCAACGUCAAGAACUACGAUCUGCACUUCUUCCCUGACUCCGACCACAGUAUCUUCUUCCACAAUGCACACGCCAUGGUUUAUGACCGUCUGUCGAGCUGGCUCGUCAAUGCGUUUAACGGUGAGUGGCAUCGGAUCGCGCACCCGGUACCUGGCGAGUCGAUGUGGACGCGCUUCAAGCGGUCUUUGCCUGUGUUGGUAUAG